CCCUGCCGACUGACCGCAAUGUCCCGGCCUGAAAAGGGAAAGAUAGAUGAUCGAUAACCUACUGCGUGAAUUCGAUUCAUCUCAAGAGCUUCCGAUCGUAUUUCUUGCGAUAUUUGAAGUUAAUGGCUGGAGAGGUGUUGUUGUGGGCGUUGCUCAUAGCUCUCGUUGCCAUAAUUCGAAGAAUUAGUUUAGGAAUUCUGAACAGCCGUCGGAACCGGAAGAGAGCAGUCGGAUUCUUCCAUCCCUACACCAACGAUGGCGGAGGCGGUGAGAGAGUUCUGUGGUGCGCCGUCAAAGCUAUUCAGGAUGAGAACCCUAGCCUUGAAUGCGUCGUCUUCACUGGCGAUCAUGAUGCUUCACCAGAGAGCUUGAUGGCUCGUGCUGUCGAUCGAUUUGGCGUCAAACUUCUUUUUCCACCUAAGGUUGUGCAUCUUUGUAAAAGGAAGUGGAUUGAAGAAACAACUUAUCCUCGCUUCACUAUGAUUGGUCAGAGUUUUGGCUCUAUCUAUCUCUCAUGGGAGGCCUUAUGCAAAUUCACUCCUCUGUAUUAUUUUGACACUAGUGGAUAUGCCUUUACUUAUCCCCUUGCCCGGUUGUUCGGUUGCAUCGUUGUUUGUUAUACACAUUAUCCGACAAUCAGCUUAGACAUGCUAUCUCGGGUUCGUGGGAGGAGUUCAAUGUAUAACAAUGACGCCUUAAUUGCUAAGAGCUCGUGGCUUUCUCAGUGCAAAGUUAUCUAUUAUGUUCUUUUUAGCUGGAUGUAUGGAUUUGUGGGCUCAUUUACACAACUUGCGAUGGUCAAUUCUUCAUGGACUCAAUCUCACAUCGAAAAACUAUGGAGAAUUCCUGACCGUAUAAAACGAGUCUAUCCCCCAUGUGAUACUUCUGUAUUACAGGCACUUCCUUUAGAACGACCCACUAAAACUCCCAUAAUUAUAUCUGUUGCUCAAUUUCGUCCAGAAAAGGCGCAUUUACUCCAACUUGAGGCAUUUUCAGCUGCCAUCAAGAAAUUAGAUUCAAGUUCAGUGCGGCCUAAGCUCCAGUUUGUGGGCAGUUGUCGCAAUAAAUCAGAUGAAGAAAGACUCCAAAGUUUGAAAAACAAGGCUAUUGAACUGAAGGUUGACGAGAAUGUGGAAUUCUACAAGAAUUUAAUGUACAGAGACUUGGUGGGACUUCUAGGAGGUUCUGUGGCGGGAAUUCAUUCCAUGACAGAUGAACAUUUUGGAAUAAGCGUGGUAGAAUACAUGGCUGCAGGAGCAAUCCCAAUUGCUCAUAACUCUGCUGGACCAAAGAUGGACAUAGUUCUCGAAGAAGACGAACAACAAACUGGAUUCCUUGCCACCAAUGUGAAUGAAUAUGCAGAUGCUAUUCUACAGGUUGUAAAAAUGCCAGAAACUGAGAGACUCAAAAUGGCUGCUGCGGCAAGGAGGCGUGCAGAGAGAUUUUCUGAGAAGAAGUUUUAUGAAGAUUUCAAGGCAGCAAUCCGACCAAUUUUAGGCUCAAGUUCGAGGUGAGGAGCGAGUAUUUGCACGAACACUGUAACUGAUCUGCUGAUCUGCUUCAUUAUACGAGUUUCUGAAGUCUAAACAAGGCAGGAGGAUUCCGGUAUGGUUGUUCUCUCCUGGUAAUGUGACAAACUCUGAUUUCUCAAAUUUUGGUUUAGAAACUCCAUCUCCCAUUGUACCAUGGACUCCCAACAAUUAGGAAUGGAAAUCAUACGGUUCUUAGGUA